AUAAUCAGUAAAGUUAGAUAUAUAUACAUAUAUGUACUUAUGUAUAAACAGAUCUAUUAUACUAACAAUAGAGCAAAUGGAUACGCCCCUGAAUGCACAAUUGCGCGCGUGCUUAAUCUUUGCGACUGUCAUAUUCUGUCAAGCCCGGUGAGCUUAUGAUUUUCAGCCAUGCUAAAUGUAAUUGAAAAAACAUAAAUUUUAACCAUUAAGUAUCAUUUGGUGAAGUUCAGAGCUAUUACAAAAAAAGUGGCUUGCAAUCGUGAUCAAACAUGUAUCGUAUCUGUCCCGAUCUCAUAGCCGAUACGGGUGUGUCUAUACGCGUGUUCCAAUACGUGAUCAAGUAUGUCAGUCAGUUGGUAAAAGAUAAGAGUGUAGCCUUGAACGGCAAGAAUGAUGUACCGGUAGUCUCGCAACCUACUACUAGGUGUGGAGUUAGAGUUUACAAAAUUGUUAUUUUGGGUGAUGGUGGUGUUGGUAAAUCAGAAAUGAUUUUUUCAGCGGUUACAUUACAAUUUGUCAGUCAUAGCUUUCUUGAUUAUCAUGAUCCAACCAUAGAGGAUUCAUAUCAACAACAAGCAGUUAUUGAUGGUGAAGCUGCACUUUUAGAUAUAUUAGACACAGCAGGACAGGUGGAAUUUACAGCUAUGCGUGACCAAUAUAUGAGAUGUGGAGAGGGUUUUAUGAUAUGUUAUUCUGUAACUGAUAGACAUAGUUUUCAGGAAGCUUUGGAAUAUCGAAAAUUAAUAACACGUGUGAGAGCUAAUGAAGAUAUACCAUUGGUAUUAGUUGGCAAUAAAUUUGAUUUACAACAUCAACGAAAGGUAACUACAGAAGAAGGAAAAGCACUUGCUGAGCAACUUGGUUGUCCCUUUUAUGAAACAUCUGCAGCUCUUAGACAAUUCAUAGAUGAUGCAUUUUAUUCAUUAGUCAGACAAAUUCGAGCUAAAGAGAGAUCAAGAAAUUCAGUACGUAAACAUAGUCGUUGGUGGCGACUUCGUUCUAUACUUGCCUUUAUUUUUAGGAGAAAACAAAGGCAUGUUAACAAUCAUUAUUAUUCUCCUUAAAUUGAACUAUUUUAAUAAAUAUCUUUUUGAUAGCGUUUAUCUUAAAUUAACAAAACAUGGCAUAAAUAGUUUAAAGUUUUACAAAUACACAACGAACAAAAUUUUUUAUGAUUCGUUUAGAUUUCAUAAUAGUCUCUUAAUCUAAGGAUUGAUUCUAUAACAUCUCACUGCCUUAUCUUUAACCCCAUUAUAUUUUCAAUGUAGUAAUGGAGACAUGAAAUAUAGACUAUAGUUCAUCAUUUUUAUUAUAAAUAUUAUUAUAAAUAUUGCAAUAA